AUGGAGAGCAAAAUUUUGUGUUUUAUCCUUCUGGGAAUUGUCGGCUAUGCAAAUGGGCAGAAUGUCCCAACAAACGUUACGCAGAUCGUUCUUGGAUCAAUGAUGAUGAUACAAAAUGGCUUUGACUAUGUUGGUUCGGUGAGUUUGGUGAGGGAUCAAGGGGUGAACAUCAUCGUCGACACGCCAGCUUCACUUGAUAACAGAAAUCGGGAUCUUAUGUUGCGGGGCAUCCAACAAGCCGGUCUCACUCCGGCUUCCAUCAACUAUCUUGUCACCACUCAUGGUCAUCCUGAUCACUUUGGACAAGACCAUCUUUUCCCAAAUGCUCGUCGAGUGAUGACCGUUUUCAACGGUACCGGAUCCAGCUAUCUCUAUACUUCGUUGUUCAAUGAUAAAGAUAUCAAAACCAUGUCAACUAAUACAGAGGUUUGGAGCACUCCAGGGCACACAGGGCAAGAUAUCUCAUUGAUUGUCAAGAAUACAGUCUGUUGUGGAACGGUGGCUAUUGUUGGCGAUCUCAUCUGGAAUGCUCAAGAUGUGCUCAAUUCGACCGUUUCGAUGAACGCGGCAAUGAACCGGGCUUUAGCAAGACUCAGCCGAAAUCGUGUUCUUUGUGCUUCGGACUGGAUCGUGCCUGGACAUGGGCCAAUGUUUAGAGUAACCGAUCAAAUGAAGCAAAUCGCUCUUUGUCAAGGAAGACUUUCUUCCUCGGGA